AUGGCCCUCAGCACCACAACCUUUGUGCUGGGAUCUCGAGCAAACAAGGCUCUCGGGAUGGGAGGAACAAGAGGGCGGCUCUACAUCAAGCAUCCCCACCUCUUUAAGUACGCAGCCGACCCGCAGGAUAAGCACUGGCUGGCAGAGCAGCAGCAGAGGGCGACGGGGGGCAAGAUGGCCUACCUCCUCAUCGAAGAGGACAUUCGGGAUCUGGCUGCCAGUGACGAUUACAGGCACUCGGUGGACCUGCGGCUGGAGGAGCCGAAGCCCUUUGUGCCGCCGGCCCGGAUGACGCAGAAGAGGCAGCGGCACAUGGAGACGCUUCGCCGCGGGGGGGAUGCUCCUCCCGCCGAUGGCCCCCCCGAGGCCGCGCCGCCCCCCGAGCCCUAA